GCCUUGCGUCCCACCACUCCUAGGGACCCUCGAGCCUCGCCCCCUCUGCUCCGACUCGCCGGACCGACGCGAUGGCCUCGGAAGUGGUGUGCGGACUCAUCUUCAGGCUGCUGCUGCCCAUCUGCCUGGCAGUAGCAUGUGCAUUCCGAUACAAUGGGCUCUCUUUUGUCUACCUUAUCUACCUCUUGCUCAUUCCUCUGUUCUCAGAACCAACAAAAACGACGAUGCAAGGACAUACAGGACGGUUAUUAAAGUCUCUGUGCUUCAUCAGUCUUUCCUUCCUGUUGCUGCACAUCAUUUUUCACAUCACGUUGGUGAGCCUUGAAGCUCAACAUCGUAUUGCACCUGGCUACAACUGCUCAACAUGGGAAAAGACAUUCCGGCAGAUCGGCUUUGAAAGCUUAAAGGGAGCUGAUGCUGGCAAUGGGAUCAGAGUGUUUGUACCUGACAUCGGGAUGUUCAUUGCUAGUCUGACCAUCUGGCUUCUCUGUAGAAACAUUGUUCAGAAACCUGUGACAGACGAAGCAGCACAGAGUAACCUGGAGUUUGAAAAUGAAGAAUUGGCUGGAGGAGAAAAAAUUGAUUCAGAAGAGGCACUGAUCUAUGAAGAGGAUUUCAAUGGAGGAGAUGGUGUUGAAGGCGAGUUGGAAGAAAGCACGAAGUUAAAAAUGUUCCGCAGGCUUGCCUCUGUGGCCUCUAAGCUCAAGGAGUUCAUUGGCAACAUGAUCACCACUGCUGGGAAAGUCGUUGUUACCAUCUUACUGGGCUCCUCUGGCAUGAUGUUGCCGUCUUUGACAUCAUCUGUGUAUUUUUUUGUAUUUUUGGGUCUGUGCACCUGGUGGUCCUGGUGCCGGACGUUCGACCCAUUGCUGUUCAGCUGUCUCUGUGUUCUGCUGGCUAUUUUCACUGCUGGACAUUUGAUUGGACUUUAUUUAUACCAGUUCCAAUUCUUUCAAGAGGCAGUUCCACCCAAUGACUACUAUGCAAGGUUGUUUGGUAUCAAGUCAGUAAUUCAAACGGACUGUUCGAGUACUUGGAAGAUCAUAGUAAACCCGGACCUGUCAUGGUACCACCACGCCAACCCUAUCCUCCUGCUGGUGAUGUACUACACUCUGGCCACCCUGAUCCGCAUCUGGCUGCAAGAGCCCCUUGUGCAGGAUGAGAGGACCAAAGAAGAGGACAAAGCCCUGGCUUGUAGCCCCAUCCAAAUAACAGCGGAGAGGAGGCGGAGCCUGUGGUACGCAACCCAUUACCCCACCGAUGAGAGAAAACUUUUAUCCAUGACCCAGGAUGACUACAAACCAUCUGAUGGCCUGCUGGUGACUGUGAAUGGCAACCCUGUGGAUUACCACACUAUCCACCCCAGCCUGCCCAUGGAGAACGGCCCCGGCAAAGCCGACCUCUACUCCACCCCUCAGUACCGGUGGGAGCCCUCUGAUGAAUCCUCAGAAAAGCGAGAGGAGGAAGAGGAAGAGAAAGAAGAAUUUGAAGAAGAAAGGAGCCGUGAGGAAAAAAGAAGUAUCAAAGUUCAUGCCAUGGUCUCCGUAUUCCAAUUUAUUAUGAAACAAAGUUACAUCUGUGCCCUCAUAGCUAUGAUGGCCUGGAGCAUCACCUAUCACAGCUGGCUGACCUUCGUGCUGCUGAUCUGGUCGUGCACUCUUUGGAUGAUUCGCAACAGAAGAAAAUAUGCCAUGAUCAGCUCUCCCUUCAUGGUGGUUUAUGGAAACCUAUUGUUGAUAUUACAGUAUAUAUGGAGUUUUGAACUUCCUGAAAUUAAAAAAGUUCCAGGAUUUUUAGAAAAGAAAGAGCCAGGAGAACUUGCUUCCAAAAUCCUUUUCACCAUUACUUUUUGGCUACUGCUGAGGCAGCACCUCACAGAGCAAAAAGCUCUGCAAGAAAAGGAAGCUCUUUUAUCGGAAGUCAAAAUUGGCAGUCAGGAAAAUGAAGAAAAAGAUGAGGAACUUCAAGAUAUACAAGUGGAAGGAGAGCCCAAAGAGAAGGAGGAAGAAGAGGAAGCGAAAGAAGAGAAGCAAGAGAGAAAGAAGGUAGAGCAAGAGGAAGCUGAAGAAGAAGAUGAGCAGGACAUCAUGAAAGUCCUGGGCAAUCUGGUGGUGGCCAUGUUCAUCAAGUACUGGAUCUACGUCUGCGGAGGCAUGUUCUUCUUCGUCAGCUUCGAGGGCAAAAUCGUAAUGUACAAAAUCAUCUACAUGGUGCUGUUCCUGUUCUGUGUGGCCCUAUAUCAGGUGCACUAUGAAUGGUGGAGGAAAAUUCUAAAAUAUUUUUGGAUGUCAGUGGUUAUUUACACUAUGCUGGUGCUUAUCUUUAUAUACACAUAUCAGUUUGAAAACUUCCCAGGCCUGUGGCAAAAUAUGACUGGAUUGAAAAAAGAAAAGCUUGAGGAUCUUGGCUUAAAGCAGUUUACUGUGGCUGAACUAUUCACUCGCAUAUUCAUCCCAACCUCCUUUCUGCUGGUGUGCAUUUUACACCUGCACUAUUUCCAUGACCGGUUCCUUGAACUCACGGACCUCAAGUCCAUUCCCAGCAAAGAAGACAACACCAUCUACAGCCAUGCCAAAGUCAAUGGUCGCGUAUAUCUAAUAAUAAAUAGACUGGCCCACCCGGAAGGAAGCCUCCCGGACCUCACCAUGAUGCACCUGACUGCCAGCCUGGAGAAGCCGGAGGUGAGGAAGUUGGCUGAGCCUGGGAAGGAGAAGCCUGAGGGCUACUCUGAAAAAGCCCAGAAGGGUGAUCUUGGGAAAGACAGUGAGGAGUCAGAGGAGGACGGAGAGGAAGAGGAGGAAUCCGAGGAGGAGGAAGAAACAUCAGAUUUAAGGAACAAAUGGCACCUGGUGAUUGACCGCCUCACUGUGCUCUUCUUAAAAUUCCUGGAGUAUUUUCACAAGCUGCAGGUGUUCAUGUGGUGGAUUUUGGAGUUGCACAUCAUCAAAAUCGUUUCCUCUUACAUUAUCUGGGUUUCCGUGAAAGAGGUGUCUCUGUUCAACUAUGUAUUUUUGAUUUCUUGGGCUUUUGCUCUGCCGUACGCCAAGCUGCGCCGUCUGGCUUCAAGUGUCUGCACGAUCUGGACGUGUGUGAUCAUCGUCUGCAAAAUGUUGUACCAGCUCCAAACCAUUAAGCCUGAGAACUUCUCUGUUAACUGUUCCUUGCCAAAUGAAAAUCAAACAAACAUCCCCCUUAAUGAGUUGAACAAGUCUCUGCUCUACAGCGCUCCUAUCGAUCCUACAGAGUGGGUCGGCCUGCGGAAGUCUUCGCCUCUGCUAGUCUACCUGAGGAAUAACCUCCUGAUGCUGGCUAUCCUGGCCUUUGAAGUCACCAUUUACCGCCAUCAGGAAUACUAUCGAGGUCGAAAUAACCUGACGGCCCCUGUGUCUAGAACUAUCUUUCAUGACAUUACAAGACUACAUCUAGACGAUGGACUUAUUAAUUGUGCCAAAUAUUUCAUAAAUUACUUCUUUUACAAGUUCGGUCUGGAGACCUGUUUCCUAAUGUCAGUUAACGUCAUUGGCCAGCGAAUGGAUUUCUAUGCCAUGAUCCACGCCUGCUGGCUGAUCGCUGUCUUAUAUAGACGCAGAAGGAAAGCCAUCGCGGAGAUCUGGCCCAAGUACUGCUGCUUCCUGGCGUGCAUCAUCACCUUCCAGUAUUUCAUCUGCAUCGGCAUCCCACCUGCUCCUUGCCGAGAUUACCCGUGGAGAUUCAACGGUGCCAGCUUCAAUGACAACAUCAUAAAGUGGCUGUACUUCCCAGAUUUCAUUGUGCGGCCCAACCCUGUGUUUCUCGUCUAUGACUUCAUGCUGCUUCUGUGUGCCUCCUUACAACGGCAGAUUUUUGAGGAUGAGAACAAGGCUGCAGUGCGAAUCAUGGCAGGUGACAAUGUCGAGAUCUGCAUGAACCUUGAUGCGGCCUCCUUCAGCCAACACAACCCUGUGCCAGAUUUUAUUCACUGCAGAUCUUACUUAGACAUGUCCAAAGUGAUCGUCUUCAGCUACCUCUUCUGGUUCGUGCUCACCAUCAUCUUCAUCACUGGGACAACCAGGAUCAGCAUCUUUUGCAUGGGGUACCUGGUAGCCUGUUUCUACUUCCUGCUCUUUGGGGGUGACUUGCUGUUGAAACCCAUCAAGAGCAUCCUGCGCUACUGGGACUGGCUGAUCGCAUACAACGUUUUUGUGAUUACGAUGAAAAAUAUCCUGUCAAUAGGAGCAUGUGGAUACAUUGGAACAUUGGUGCACAAUAGUUGUUGGUUGAUCCAAGCUUUCAGCCUGGCCUGCACAGUCAAAGGCUAUCAAAUGCCUGCUGCUAAUUCACCCUGUACACUACCCAGUGGGGAAGCAGGAAUCAUUUGGGACAGCAUAUGUUUUGCCUUCCUCCUGCUGCAAAGAAGAGUUUUCAUGAGUUAUUAUUUCCUACAUGUUGUGGCUGAUAUAAAAGCUUCCCAGAUUCUGGCAUCAAGAGGAGCUGAACUUUUCCAGGCCACAAUUGUAAAAGCUGUUAAGGCAAGAAUUGAGGAAGAGAAGAAGUCCAUGGACCAGCUGAAGCGACAGAUGGAUCGCAUCAAGGCCAGGCAACAGAAAUAUAAAAAGGGUAAGGAGAGGAUGCUGAGCUUGACCCAGGAGCCAGGGGAAGGCCAGGACGUGCAAAAACUCUCUGAAGAGGAUGAUGAAAGAGAAGCAGACAAACAGAAAGCCAAGGGCAAAAAAAAGCAGUGGUGGCGGCCUUGGGUUGAUCAUGCUUCCAUGGUCAGGAGUGGAGAUUAUUAUUUGUUUGAAACGGAUAGUGAAGAGGAGGAAGAGGAAGAAUUAAAGAAGGAAGAUGAAGAACCUCCACGAAGGUCAGCAUUCCAGUUUGUUUAUCAAGCCUGGAUUACUGAUCCUAAAACAGCACUCCGACAAAGACACAAAGAGAAAAAAAGGUCUGCAAGAGAAGAACGGAAACGAAGGCGGAAAGGAUCCAAGGAGGGUCCUGUGGAAUGGGAAGACCGGGAGGAUGAACCAAUCAAAAAGAAAUCCGAUGGACCAGAUAACAUCAUCAAGAGGAUAUUUAAUAUUUUGAAAUUUACCUGGGUCCUAUUUCUGGCAACAGUGGACAGUUUCACUACUUGGCUUAACUCCAUUUCAAGGGAGCAUAUUGAUAUAUCUACAGUUCUGAGAAUUGAACGAUGCAUGCUGACCAGAGAAAUUAAGAAGGGCAAUGUUCCAACUCGGGAGAGCAUCCACAUGUACUAUCAGAACCACAUCAUGAACCUUUCCAGAGAGUCGGGACUGGACACCAUUGACGAGCAUCCCGGAGCUGCUUCAGGUGCACAGACAGCCAACAGGAUGGAUAGUUUAGAUUCACAUGACAGUAUCUCCAGCUGCUACACUGAAGCAACCAUGCUGUUCUCAAGGCAGUCCACCCUUGAUGAUUUAGAUGGACAAGAAAUUCCUAAAACAAGCGAGCGUGCUCGGCCUAGGCUCCGUAAAAUGCUCAGCAUGGAUAUGUCCUCCUCAUCAGCUGACAGUGGCAGUUUAGCAUCAAGCGAGCCCACGCAGUGUACCAUGCUGUACUCACGCCAGGGGACCACUGAGACCAUCGAGGAGGUGGAGGCUGAGCAGGAGGAAGAGGCAGGGAGCACGGCGCCUGAGUCCAGGGAGGCCAAGGAGUACGAGGCCGCUGGGUACGAUGUGGGAGCCAGGGGUGCUGAGGAGGCCAGCCUCACCCCAGAGGAAGAGCUGACACAGUUCUCCACCUUGGACGGGGAUGUGGAGGCCCCACCCUCCUACAGCAAGGCUGUGAGCUUCGAGCAUCUGUCCUUCGGCUCACAGGACGACUCUGCAGUUAAGAACCACAUGGCAGUCAGCCCGGACGACAGCCGCACCGACAAGCUGGGGUCCAGCAUCCUACCUCCCCUGACCCAUGAGCUGACGGCCAGCGAGCUGCUGCUGAAAAAGAUGUUUCACGACGAUGAGCUUGAAGAGUCAGAGAAAUUCUACGUGGGGCAGCCCCGAUUUCUGCUGCUCUUCUAUGCCAUGUACAAUACCCUGGUGGCCCGCUCGGAGAUGGUGUGCUACUUCGUGAUCAUCCUCAACCACAUGGUCUCUGCCUCCAUGAUCACGCUCCUGCUUCCCAUCCUCAUCUUCCUCUGGGCCAUGUUGUCCGUCCCCAGGCCCAGCCGCCGGUUCUGGAUGAUGGCCAUCGUCUAUACUGAGGUGGCAAUUGUAGUCAAGUAUUUCUUCCAAUUUGGGUUCUUUCCCUGGAAUAAGAAUGUGGAGGUGAACAGAGAUAAACCGUUCCACCCCCCAAACAUCAUAGGAGUGGAAAAGAAGGAAGGUUAUGUUCUUUAUGACCUCAUCCAGCUCCUGGCGCUGUUCUUUCAUCGAUCAAUUUUGAAGUGCCAUGGCUUAUGGGAUGAAGAUGACAUGACUGAAAGUGGCAUGGACAAGGAGGAAUCAGAUGAUGAGCUCUCCCUCGGUCAUGGCAGGAGGGACUCCUCCGAUUCACUCAAGUCCAUCAACCUGGCCGCAUCUGUGGAGUCAGUGCACGUGACCUUCCCGGAGCAGCAGACGGCUGUCCGGAGGAAGCGCUCCGGCAGCAGCUCCGAGCCAUCCCAGAGAUCCAGCUUUUCUUCAAACAGAUCCCAAAGAGGCAGCACAAGCACCCGAAACAGCAGUCAAAAAGGAAGCAGUGUUUUGAGUAUUAAGCAAAAAAGCAAAAGGGAACUUUAUAUGGAAAAGCUUCAAGAACAUUUGAUCAAAGCAAAAGCCUUUACCAUAAAGAAGACGCUGCAGAUCUACGUGCCCAUCAAACAGUUCUUUUACAACCUCAUCCACCCGGACUAUAGCGCCGUGACUGACGUGUAUGUGCUCAUGUUCCUGGCUGACACUGUGGACUUCAUCAUCAUUGUCUUCGGCUUUUGGGCCUUUGGGAAACACUCAGCAGCUGCAGACAUCACCUCUUCACUGUCAGAGGACCAGGUCCCGGGGCCGUUUUUGGUGAUGGUCCUCAUUCAGUUUGGAACCAUGGUGGUGGACCGAGCCCUCUACCUCAGGAAGACUGUACUGGGAAAGGUCAUCUUCCAGGUCAUUCUUGUGUUCGGAAUUCACUUCUGGAUGUUCUUCAUCUUACCUGGUGUGACUGAGAGGAAAUUCAGCCAGAACCUGGUUGCCCAGCUUUGGUACUUUGUGAAAUGUGUUUACUUCGGGUUGUCUGCUUACCAGAUCCGUUGCGGCUACCCAACGCGAGUCCUGGGGAACUUCCUCACCAAGAGCUACAAUUACGUCAACCUGUUCUUAUUCCAAGGGUUUCGCCUCGUGCCCUUUUUGACUGAGCUGAGGGCAGUGAUGGACUGGGUGUGGACGGACACAACCUUGAGCCUGUCCAGCUGGAUCUGUGUGGAGGACAUCUAUGCUCACAUAUUCAUCCUGAAGUGUUGGCGGGAGUCGGAGAAGAGAUACCCUCAGCCGCGGGGCCAGAAGAAGAAGAAAGUGGUGAAGUAUGGCAUGGGAGGAAUGAUCAUCGUCUUGCUCAUCUGCAUUGUCUGGUUUCCUCUUCUCUUCAUGUCUUUGAUCAAAUCUGUGGCUGGGGUCAUCAACCAGCCCCUGGACGUCUCCGUCACAAUUACCCUGGGAGGGUAUCAGCCUAUUUUCACAAUGAGUGCCCAACAAAGCCAGUUGAAAGUUAUGGACCAGCAGAACUUUAACAAAUUUAUACAAGCUUUUUCUAGGGACACCGGUGCUAUGCAAUUUCUGGAAAAUUAUGAAAAAGAAGACAUAACAGUAGCAGAACUGGAAGGAAACUCAAAUUCUUUGUGGACCAUCAGCCCACCCAGUAAGCAGAAAAUGAUACACGAACUCCUGGACCCCAAUAGUAGCUUCUCUGUUGUUUUUUCAUGGAGUAUUCAGAGAAACUUAAGUCUGGGUGCAAAAUCGGAAAUAGCAACAGAUAAGCUUUCUUUUCCUCUUAAAAAUAUUACUCGAAAGAAUAUCGCUAAAAUGAUAGCGGGCAACAGCACAGAAAGUUCAAAAACACCAGUGACCAUAGAAAAGAUUUAUCCAUAUUAUGUGAAAGCACCUAGUGAUUCUAACUCAAAACCUAUAAAGCAACUUUUAUCUGAAAAUAAUUUCAUGGAUAUUACCAUCAUUUUGUCCAGAGACAAUACAACUAAAUAUAACAGUGAGUGGUGGGUUCUCAACCUAACUGGAAACAGAAUAUACAAUCCAAACUCUCAGGCCCUGGAACUGGUGGUCUUCAAUGACAAAGUCAGUCCCCCAAGUCUGGGGUUCCUGGCUGGCUAUGGUAUUAUGGGAUUAUACGCUUCAGUUGUCCUUGUGAUUGGAAAAUUUGUCCGUGAAUUCUUCAGUGGGAUUUCUCACUCCAUCAUGUUUGAAGAGCUUCCAAAUGUGGAUCGAAUUUUGAAGUUGUGCACAGAUAUUUUUUUAGUUCGAGAGACAGGAGAACUGGAACUGGAAGAAGAUCUCUAUGCCAAAUUAAUAUUCCUAUAUCGCUCACCAGAGACAAUGAUCAAAUGGACUAGAGAAAAAACAAAUUGAAACCUUAGAACACAGACUGCAAGUAACGUUAACAUUUGAAUUUUUUUUAAAAGCACAAUAUUCUCAUAAGAGCUAAGCAUUUCUAGUUCGAUGGAAAUGGUUUGUUUCUCUUCUGACAGGUAGACAAAAGGAGCUGAUAUCUUUCUGCAGUAAAAGCUACCUUGCAAGUUAAGGCACUGUUGAAAAUGUUAUUUGUAACUCCAUUUCUCUGAAAUCAGGGCUACCUGCAUUAUGUUUUAGUCAACAGUGUCUUGCAUUCUGAUUGACCAUGUGAAGGAAUCAUUUACGGGCCCCAUCCCUAAGAGAAACAAAAGAGGAGUCAGAAGGAAAGAUGCCUGUGUUUUCCUCUGUGGGGACCGUGCACUUCCUGGAGAGAUGCUACAAUGCAAUAUACAGCGCUCCAUCCCCGCUGGGGAAGCUGCUGUGAUGAGACUAGAUGAGCCUUCAACACACUCAGAAUAUGCAACAGCAAUAGGGGGCGGACAGCUCCUACCUGUGUUUCUAGGAGCAAAAUAGAGGGAACUAAUUGCCUGUGAAGACACCAGUGGAAGGAUCAGCCUCAUUCUAAGCAAAAACAUAGUAUUAGUGAUACUCUUACUGCCUUAUCUUAACCAAGGACUAAUAGGAUACCUUUCCAUUAAACACCAGUGACUUCUCAGGAAAAAAAAAAAAAAAGCAGCAAAACAAAUGAUGUGUACACCUGCUUUGUUGUGGUCCAGCAGUGACCAGCUUCAAUGAGGGGAACCAUUCUAGAGGGCUGCGGUCUCCUGUGCAAACAGACAUGAGGCAGAAGAGUAAAAAGACCAACCCAGUGGAACCUAGAAUACUUUGUAACUCUUUAAUAACUGAGGUCAGAACCGCUCUUCUGCCUUCCCCUUCCCUCAACGUGCUUUUUCCCAUUUCCAUGAUUUAAGGCAAUGGUUUUUCCAGUAUGUGACAUUUUCCUUCCUGUUUUUCAGGUAUAUCAAAGAGUUUACAUAUUCCAAUUCACAUUUUUACAUCUGAGACGGGUUUUUUAAGUUCAUAAUUAUGAAAGAAAUAUGUAUAUUGAGCUUGGGGAAAUAAAAAUGGCCUUUUCUUAAAUUAUUAUUAUUGGUAAUACAACCUCUUCACUAAAUAACAAUGUGGCAUGAAAAAUUUAUGAUUGAAAUGUAGUUUUCAUUCCAUAUUAAGAUACAGUUUCUGAGAAGAAUCAUUGAAUGGACUAGAAUAUGUCAAAAAUUGAUCCUGUGUAGUUUGGGUUCAGGGCUGACUUAAAAUAAAGCACAUCCUGCAAAGUCAUUUUAAGAAUAUUCCUUAUUUUG